CCACCAUAAAUACCUACCUCCUCGUAUCCCUUCAUCGGUCUUGCUUUCUUCCCGAAUCUCUCUACUCCUGCGUAUUUUCUCGCAAAAAUCAGCCCAUUUGAGUAACAGUAUACUGCAGUUGCCCUACUCUAAAUAAGAAUGCCAAAUGCAGGUGUAAUACAAACCUCUCCAGAUGGCAGAGGCAUCUGAUUCCUCCCAUGAGCUUGAGGUGGAGACGAGUACCCCAAAAGACAGUGACUCCUCUUUGCUCAACAACAGCAACAAGAGAGAUCAAAAUGUCAAAAAAGAUGACUCUGGAAUAUCCAGUGAAAGAUUAGAAAAUUCAGAUGAUGAUGAAGGGAACAAGAAAUUAAAGUCAGAGGGAGAGAAAAAAAGUGGAGAGUCUUCAGGCAUCUCGAUUGUCAAGGGGAAGACCUGCCGCCUGAGAAACUACAGACCAAGAUUACUCGAGUCAAGUUCAAAUGAUAGUGGUGAUGACGAUGACGAUGACAGUACCCUGCGUGCAAGCAACAAUGAAGAUAAAAAGUCUGACACAGCUUUGACACGGAGAAACGUAACCAUAACCUUGGCAUCAGAAAUGGAGGACACAAGCGCAGAUACAAGUCGUGACACUGAGACAGAUCACAUGGAGCCUACUAGUCCAUCAGCAAUGGAAACUGGAAGUGCUGCAAGUGGAAACACAGAGGAUGAUAACACAGAUGACUCUCCACCAAUGGAACGUCGUAUUGAGCGACGUUUCAGCAGCCAAAGAAUAUUUGGUGGACUUCUGUCAGACACAGAUUCUGACUCUGAUGAUGGUGGGCGACGUAGGGGUCUCCAGGAUGGCAUAGAGAAUGAAACACAGUGGAAGGACACAGAAGAAGCCAUUGCCAAAGAAAUGACAAGAAUUAAGGAACGGCCCAAACCAAAACACCAUUGGAAUUUCGUAGAUCAAGUUGUUCAGAGGCAGUUAGGCAGUCGAGCAAGGUACCAAUCCUCAGUGUUAUUUAGUCACCACUACUAUGACUCACUCCACGUACCUAAGCGCCUUGAACUCAUGUACAAGAUGGAGUUCCACAGGGGAUGCGUUAAUGCCCUAAGCUUCAAUGCGAGUGGCACCAGGCUUGCUAGUGGCUCUGAUGAUUUCCAGAUUGCCAUUUGGGAUUGGGCUCGAGAGAAAGCCAUUAUCACAUUCUACAGUGGACAUAGGAAUAAUGUGUUCCAGAGCAAGUUCCUACCACUGAGUGGUGACACACACAUCGUAUCCUGUGCAAGGGAUGGACAAGUUCGUUUGGCUGAACUAUCCUCCACUGGCGUGUGCAAGGCCACAAGAAAAUUGGCCAAGCAUCAUGGCCCAGCACAUAAGCUUGCCACCCUCCCUACCUCCCCACAUGUUGUUUUAUCUGCUGGAGAAGAUGCUGUUGUACUUAAUAUUGAUAUUCGUCAGGAACAGCCUAGCAGGGUGGCAUUUGUGAAGGACAUUUCUGGUAGCCGCGUCUCCCUCUAUAGCAUCCAUGCUCAUCCAAUCAAUGAAAAUCAGUUUUGCGUUAGUGGGCACGAUCAGUAUGUUCGAGUAUAUGACCGACGUUGUGCGAAUGACUUCCCAAUUUUGAAGUACUGUCCGAGACAUUUGUAUGAGGCUGUCCCGACACCAACAGUAACUUGUGCAGUUUACAGCGGUAAUGGGGACUCUAUAUUGGCAUCAUACAAUGAUGAUGACAUUUAUCUGUUUGAUACAUCCCGCUCUGAAGCUGCAGAUGCAGUCCAUAGAUACUCCGGCCAUCGUAAUAGUGCUACAGUUAAGGGUGUGAAUUUCUUUGGUCCUGGAAGCCAGUACGUUGUAUCAGGGUCUGACUGUGGAAACAUAUUCUUCUGGCAUCGCGAGACUGAGGCCAUUGUCCAGUGCAUGCCAGGAGAUGAGAAUGGAGUGGUUAAUGUGCUGGAGCCACAUCCUCACAUACCAGUGCUGGCUACAAGUGGCCUUGACGAUGAUGUUAAAAUUUGGGUGCCAACGUGUGAAGAAGAUCCAGACCUGCCCAACCUGGAUCAGACUCUCAAGUCCAAUUUAAGUAAGCGCCACAAAGAACGUAAUGAAGAAUUCACUGGACUUGAUUCCCAAAUGCUGAUGGUCCUUUGGCAUCACAUCAGACGGACAGACAGCAGACGACGUAGGAUGGCAACAGCUGGGAACAGCAGCAGUGGCAAUGUAGGAGCCGAAGGUGGCAAUGGCACAGGAGGGUCGUCUAGUGAAGACUCCAACGACAGUGAAGAUGACGAUUCUGAAGGACACCGGGGUAUCCAGUGUGCUACACACUAGUUCUCUUGGCAUUCGUGGGACACAAACCGAAGACAGUUUUCAAGGUGACCUCCCUUCCCUUCCUCCCCCUUAAAUUGAGACGUGUGCUUGCAUGAGUAAACGUGUGGGUGUAUGCAUGUGUGUGUGUGUGUAAUUCUCUGGAGUUUGUAAAAGGAAGAAGAGAGAAAAUGAGAAUUUGACCAAGAAAGCAUUACUGUAUUUUUUUCUAGAGAAAGUCACUAUUGGUGAAUUAUUCACUAUAGAGUGGGAGUUGCUCCUAGUUUACAAGAGCACCUGGCCAGAUAAGUAGGUUGUAAGAUCUUCCCCUUAUUCUCCACACUGAGAUUGUUUCUUGGGCAAGUUUGUUGAUGCAUUGUCAGAGCCUUGGUAAUUAGUCCAGAAAGAAAGGUGACGGUACUUAAUGAAGAGUUUCUACUCAGAUCGUCAGUAACAUGUAUUAUGAUGAUAGACAGGCUAUGCAAGUAUUUAGUUCACUGUAUUUAACAGGGUUAAAAAUUGAGCCUGGCUGUUGCAUUAAUACUUGGAGCUCAAAUUGAAAAUACAACACAAAUAGCUAUUAUGUAAGGUUAAAGUUGUAGCCCAGUAUUUCUUUGUUCCCUGCUCUCAUUAUUUACCAUCGUAUAUCCAUAAUCAGGAUAUAUUUGUCAGGAUUGUUGGAAUUUUUAGCAGAGGUUUAAAUGCCAAAUAGUGUAAGGAAAUUUACAUAUACUGAUUUUUUUCUCUAGGCAGCAGUCAGUGGGAGAAGCAAGGAAAAGUAUUAUGAAAGACUAAAACAUAAUGUUGAUAGGAACUAAAUAUAGACAUCAUAUUGAUUACAUAAAAUUAGGAUUCCACCAUGUUCCAUAUCAAACCUUUAUAUAUAUAUAUAUCUUUAACUAGACAAUUUCCUUUAAUAUCACAACAGAUAUAUUUUCUUAGAGAGCUUGGUGACCUGAAAGAUACCAGUUAUGCCUGUGAAAAUUGUCAUUCAGUGUUCUUGGCAAGUGGUUAUGCCAAAAUAUAAACAAAUCUAUAGCUAUUUUCCAUUUGAUUGAAACAGUGAGUGAUAUACCUGUUAAAGAGGGAAAUAUUUUGGUAAAUUUUGUUUGAUAGGUAUUCUUUUGUAACAGGUUUGUUUUCCUUUCUCACUGUGUUAUUUAUUUCAAGUUAAAAACUUAGUAAAUAAGAUAUCCUUAAUGCUGUCAGAAUCUUGUUGAAUACUAUACAUAAGUUAUGCCUGUUAUUUUGUUAAGGCACAGCCACCUGGGUUUCAUACUUUGCAGACUUUUGGAAACCUAAAAGGCAGCUUAAUUAUUAACCAGUUGUGCAUAAAUAUAUGAAAGAUCACAAACAUUUGCUUGAAUUUCUUGUACUGCAAGAUAGGCUUCAUUGUUAAGUCUGAACCUUAGAUAUGAGAGGUCUAAUUUCUCUUUUUUUUUUUUUUUGGUGGACAACUGGACAUGUCACCUAAAAUAUAUAUUGGUUAUGUUCCUAAAAUGUUUGAUCUUUUGGAGACAACAUUGUAUCACUUUUCAUAUUCCUCUUCUUUCUUUCGUUCUCUCCAUUCAGUUGAAGUGUAUUUGAAGAGCAAGGCCCAUAGACCUCUUCAUACCAUAAAGUCCAGAGAAGUUUGUGUUUCUUUCCAAAAGAUAAUCUGUGUGCUUAGGAAUAGAAAUCACAGAUUAAUACUGACUGUGAUAUUCCUUUCUUUAUUUCUUUCCUUGCAUAUAGGAAUGUUGAAAUGUUUCUGAUAGAGUACAACCUUGGUCCCAUUUUUGCAUCAUUUUCCUCCCCUACUUAAUCUUUCUUGCUCUUUUAGAUUAUUAUCAGAUAUUGAAAUAAGCUCUUUCAUAUUUUGCCAGAAAGCCAAGGGAUGGCAUUUUUUCCUUAAUAUAUUUAUAAACACAUAUAUAAUCAUAUUGGGUGUCUGAUACAAGGUCUGCUGAACCAUAUAUUUAGUAAGUGUAUUGAUAUUCCAAGAACCGAGUGCCUGCAUACCCAGUGAUGCUCUAUUAGAAGGCAUUUCUAAAGGUUUAAAGGAGAUUAAUUCAUAGUUGGAAGACGUUGGGACAAAUUCAUUUUUAGGCCUUGGUGUACCUCACAAUUUGAAAUACUAAAGAGAACUUAUAUUUUUUUCUUUUUUUUUAUUUUAUUUAUUUUUUCCUUUCUUUUAGGUUAUAUUAAGCUAACUGCAUAUUUCUGUGUGACCUAUGAAAAUUACAAGCUAUAGAAGAUGAUAACUUAUAACCUGAAUGGGUUUAACAUUAUGGGGUAGAGGUAAGUUCAGUGAAAGUUCUAGCAUCAUAGUUUAGAGUUCUUUGUUUUUAAACAUUGUAAAAGACCACUUUUAGUCCAAUGACCCCUUCACCUCAGGGUUAACAUAGAAGAAAUCAAAAUUGUUAAAUGCCAUAUAAAAGGAAUACCCCAUUUAUGAUUUGAAAAAAAUUAAGAGAUAUUAGUAUCCAUCGUUUAAUAUAAGCAAUUUAGAAGGAAGGGUUAUAAUCACUAGAAUAAUUUACAACUCUUAGAAAGCUUUUAUACUUGAGUUAGAAGCAAAUACUGAUAAAGCAACUUGUUGAUGUUGGGAGUGCAUGCAGUAUCGACUUUAGGUUUAUGAAAUUUAUCAACAAUAAAUGGCUUCAUGAAGCACUUUAUCAACUUGUCAAUUACUAGACCUACCUGAACUUCCAUAUUUACCCCAUUUCAUGAAUUUUAGUGAAUAAUAUUUUCAUUUUAUUAUUGUUGUUGUAUUUAACACAAUAAUAAUCUUAAUAAUAACAAGAAGAAGGAGGAGAACUUUUUUCCCCUCAAAUAAAAUUAAUGAAUUGGGUAUAUAGGUAAUAUCAGGUAGGCUUAGUAAUUGACUCCAUGGUGACUGACCUACUGUGAAGCCAUCUGGGGAAAUGAGUUAGUAAAAUAAAACUAUAGUUGGCACUGGAUGUAACCAGCACCAUAUGGUUAAUUAUCAAAAUGAAAUAUUUUUUUAUUCAUUUGAUGAUAUAUAUUUCACGGUCAUUGUCCACCCUUUUUGUUCAUAGUAAACAAGUUGCAUGAUUUUCAUGUCAGAUUUAGUUAAUAUUGCACUUUAAUAUAAUUUUGUUUUACAUAGAGAGUGCCAAGGGGUGAAGAACUCCAGUGUAAGCUCUCUCUCUCUUUUUUUUUAUUUAUUUUUUAUUUAUGAAAUCAAGGUAUCGAGACUGCAGAGACUUAAGUUGUUCCAGCCCAGGUAAUCAAGGCAUUGGUUAUUUAUUCAUUAGUGAGUGAAAGAAGUUUCUCCUUUCCCUUUUGAAAACUUAAGAAGACCUUGUGUUCACUUCUUUUUUUGGCUUUAAGUUAUAAUAUAUAAAGUUUUAUCAGUGUAUAAAACGAUAAUGUGAUGUAUGAAAUAGUGUAUGAUUUACUAAGAUUUGCAGUUAUUAUUUGAAUUGUAUUUCAAUGAUAUUAGUUGGGUGAUCAUCUUAAAGCAUUUGUAUGAUCAGAUUAUUUGGAAUGGAAAUCCUAUUGUAAAUAAUCUUAUUCAAUUGUCUAUUAUUGUAACAUCAAGUUUAGAAAUAAAAAUUGUUUACAUAA